GGGAAUUAACCGGAUAAAGUAACUCAUCUGAAAAACACAGUCUGAAGCCUGCGUCUGUUUUAUAAACAUGAGCGAACAUUUUCUUUAUUUUGAACUGCGGGGAAGAAAUGAGGUGAUGGACCAAUGUCAAUGCAAGGGUGUUACACUGAAUUUCUUCCCCAGUCCCACUGAAUGGGCGUCCAUAGUCCUUGAGUCAACCCGUGGCACGCCUGCACCAUUUCUGUGGAAACCUAUAGUGGAGGGGAAGAAGAGAGAGCGAGAGGGACCCAUUUCUCUGAAGAUUCCCAUUCUUUGUGGAGAGUUGUUCACCAAUAUUACAGUCCGAGUGUUAUUAUUUCCUCCCAGUCUGCCUCCAGCAUUGGGCAGGAGAUAAUUGGAUGAAUGACUUCCAUGACCAGUGAUGCAAAGUCUACUGCUGUUGAGGCACUGAAGAAUGCAAUAGAUUCUCGGCAUUGGUUUCAUGUUUGAGCUAGGUCACUUGCUUUAGAGACUUGAGCGUGAGAAUCUAGACUGGUUCUCCAGUGCCAUUACUGACAGUGUACUGUGCCCAUCUUUCAGAAGAGUGGGUCGACCAAGAUCUCGCUUGUGUUCUCCGGAUGUGACCACUAUUUUAUAGAUGAUCAGUGAAAGUUAUCCCCUGGUGAUCUGAACGAUAUCUAGCCGGACAUGGAAAACAUUAUUUGGCCUUUACCCCAUUGCUUUUUGUAGGAGCUCCCUAUAUUGCAGAAUUGGUUAUCGUGUUUUUACAUUACAAUGACAAUACCUCAGAACUACUUAAUUGGCCAGAAAGUGCUUUGAGUUUACGACAUUUAUGAAGAUUUUGACAAGGAAGUGAAUGUGUAAUAGCCAAGUUUGCAAAUAUCACCAAAAUAAGUGGGAAGAAUUAUGGCUUUGUGCACAUGGAGGAUAAAGAGGCAGCAGAUGAAGCGAUCAAGAACCUUCAUCACCACAAACUGCACGGGCUUCCCAUCAACGUCGAAGCCAGCAAGAGCAAGGUGAAGACCUCAACCAAGCUUCACGUCAGUAACGUUGGAGCCGAGUGCACGAACCAAGAGCUGCGGGCCAGGUUCGAAGAGUAUGGGCCUGUCAUCGAGUGUGACAUUGUCAAGGACUAUGCCUUCGUGCACAUGGAGCGGGAGGAAGAUGCCAUGGAAGCCAUCCGAGGCUUUGAUGGCACUGAGUUUAAAGGCAAACGGAUCCAUGUCCAGCUGUCGAGGAGCCGGCUUCGGACACAACCUGGGAUGGGCGAGAAAAAUGGCUGUUACCGGUGCGGUAAAGAGGGCCACUGGUCUAAAGAAUGCCCCAAAGAUCGCGGCGGUUUUGAUGGCGGAUUCUCUUGCAACUACCCCCAACCUUACCCAACGCGGCCCAUGUCAGCAUACGGAGAGCGUCCUAUGUAUGAUGAGCGGUAUGGGAUGGCUCACCACUACGAGACCUACCCGGCACAGCCAUAUGCGGCGACGGGAGACCCCUACUUUGAUCAGCGGCCAACUCAGCUUGCACCUAUAGGCACUGCGAUGACCAAUUGUGUCCCUGGCGGGUUAGAUCCCUAUGGGAGGCACCCAGUGCCGUCCUCACCCCUUCCCUAUUACAGCCGGGAUAGGAGCCCUCUGCGACGGAUGCCCCUGGCCACCUCGAGCACCGGAUAUGGGUUUGAUUACACACAAGUCAAUGCGGCAUCAAUGUCCACUAGAUCUCCAUAUGACAUACCGAGCACAGUGGGGAAUGCCUACAUGGACCGUUCACGAUACUCUAUGUUUUGAUCCAAAGGUGAGGCACUAUCCUCUUUCCAACUGCAGGUGUGUGUCUGACAUUGCAGGCGCUACUUCAGGCGGCUAUUGCACAAGGAGCUUCAAGGCUCCUCUUCCUCUGCCCCCUUCCUCCCAGGAUGGUUCAGGGUUGGCUGGGAUUCCCAGUGUUAUUUAGUAGGCUUCUGAUGUGCUUCCAUUAAGAUUGAUGUGUGGAUUGGGACCAAUUACACAUUUUAAUGGAAGGAAACCCGUGGAACCAGAGCUCCUCCAUAUGGAGGUGAUGACCGCAGGUGAUCGGGUGCACAUUGACCUGAACAGCAGACUGCACCGUGAUUGAAGUUGAUACGUGCUUAGUGUAUAACCAAAGUGCUAACAGAACCUCGUGCUCUUUAUCUUUAUAUUGAACAGUUGUUUUUCUUUCUCUGCUGCCGAGGAUCUCAGUUCUUUGUGCAUUAGCCACUGAAUGUCUCUGAGUCUGUUAUCGACGUGGCUCGUGUAGGACAGGGUGAAAUGGCUGCAUAUUUCAGGGUGGUCGAUUUCAGGCUACAAACUCGAGGUGAGAUGUGUGCCUCUUAUUUAACAUAUAUAUUUAAAGAAAUCAAAAUUGACAUCCGUGUGUGCUUUUUUGUUUCUUACAGGAAUGAUUAAGUAUCCCCCUGAUGAGAGUCGGGUACCCCCAGUAUACGUGCAAAUCUUCGGGUUGUGCAGGACGCGUACAUCAGCGGGAUAUAGUGCAAAGGACGUUUGGUGCGAUACCC